GCGGCCGGGGCGGGGUGAAGCGAAGCGGCGGCUGCCAUUCCUCGGCUGCGCGGUCGCCUCCUCCCCCUCCGCCUCUUCCUGGCCGCGGCGAGAGGAGCUGUGCUGGCAGCGGGGUAGGCGGCGGCGGCGGCGUCGCCCAACUCCCUGCCCGCCAUGGCCAUCCGCAAGAAGAGCAACAAGAACCCGCCGGUGCUGAGCCACGAGUUCAUCGUGCAGAACCAUGCGGACAUCGUGUCCUGCAUGGCCAUGAUCUUCCUGCUGGGGCUCAUGUUCGAGAUUACAGCAAAAGCAGCUGUCAUUUUUGUUACACUUCAGUAUAAUGUUACCAUUCCUGCCACAGAAGAACAAUCUGCAGAAACUAUCUCUCUCUAUCACUAUGGCAUCAAAGAUUUGGCUACAAUUUUCUUUUACAUGCUUGUAGCAAUAAUCAUACAUGCUAUAAUUCAGGAAUACGUACUGGAUAAAAUUAACAGGAAAAUGCACUUUUCAAAAACAAAGCAUAGCAAGUUCAAUGAGUCCGGGCAACUUAGUGCAUUCUACCUUUUCUCCUGUGUUUGGGGAACAAGUAUUCUUGUCUCUGAGAACUAUAUAUCAGAUCCAACCUCUCUGUGGAGGGACUAUCCGCACACUCUGAUUCCGUUUCAAAUGAAGUUUUUCUACAUCUUACAGUUGGCAUACUGGUUUCAUGCUUUUCCAGAAUUGUACUUCCAGAAAACUAAAAAAGAAGAUAUCUUUCGCCAGAUCGUCUAUAUUGGACUUUAUCUUUUUCAUAUUGCUGGAGCCUAUCUCCUGAAUCUGACCCAUCUUGGACUUGUUCUUCUGGUAUUGCAUUACUUUGUUGAAUUUCUUUUCCACAUAUCUCGUCUUUUCUACUUCAGUGAUGAAAGAUACCAGAAAGGAUUUUCACUGUGGGCAGUUCUUUUUGUUUUGGGAAGGCUUCUCACCUUGAUUCUCUCAGUCCUCACUUUUGGCUUUGGACUGGCAAGAGCAGAAGAUCAGCAGCUGAAUUUCAGUACUGGAAACUUUAAUAUCCUGGCUGUUAGAAUCAGUGUGCUGGCUUCCAUCUGCAUGGCUCAAGCAUUUAUGAUGUGGAAGUUCAUUAAUUUCCAGCUUCGGAGGUGGAGAGAGCAUUCUUCUUCUCAGCCUCAGUCAGUGAAAAAGAAGUUUGUAACAGCUAAAGGAAAGACCUCCAGAAAAGAAAGAGAAAAUGGAAUAAAUGGAACAGUGACCUCAAAUGGAGCAGACUCGCCUCGUAGCAGGAAGGAUAAAUCCUCGUAAAACUGGGUUUUAUUAAGUUAAUUGACUAAUGUCCCCAAAGAAUCUGCUUUUUACAUGGAUGGCCCUUCAGCACUAGAGAUGUUGUGGAUUAAAGAAAAUACAAUUAAUGGUUUUUGAUUAUUGCUGUUGUUUUGACAAACUUUUUUUAAAAGCCAUUUUGACUAGGAAAAAGGUUUAUCUGUCUUCAAAUACUUGGGUGGGAGGGAGAUAGAACACUUUUUAAAUAACAUUGACACUUUUUUAAACAUUUAUUGUGAUGAAAUAACCUCACUUAAUGAGGAUCACUGUUGCAAUGUAUUAUUUCUUUCCAGUUUUUGUAAUCUUGGUGAUAUAUACUGUUCUACCAACUUUACUUUUUCCAAGUUCUUCAAGAAGUCUUGCAAAAUUGAAGUAAAAACUUAGUAUGCAUUUUCAGAUACUCUGGCUUUUCAGUUAAUUACCUUGAUUCAAAUUUACAGUUCAAAUUGGGAUUGUGAUUGUGAGGCCACACCAAUAAACCUCUUUAUUUUGUAGUUAUUAGCUACACAAUGUCUGCUCUAAGAAUUGCCCCGUAUCAUUAAAACAAAACUGAACUAA